AUGCUGCCUUCGCAAGAAGCCUCCAAAAUCUACCAUGACAACUAUAUGCGCAACUCCAGGGCCAUCGGGGUCCUGUGGGCCAUAUUCACCAUCUGCCUGGCCAUCAUUAACGUGGUGGUGUUCUUCCAGCCUUAUUGGAUUGGCGACAGCGUCAACACACCUCAAGCCGGCUACUUCGGUUUGUUCCACUACUGCGUGGGUAACGGGAACUCCAACCGGGAAUUCUCGUGCCAGGGCAGCUUCUCCGAAUUCGACUCCAUUCCGUCAGGAGCCUUUAAGGCGGCCUCAUUCUUCGUGCUGAUGUCCAUGGUGCUCAUCAUCACCUGCAUCGGCUGCUUCGCCCUCUUCUUCUUCUGCAACACUGCCACGGUCUACAAGAUCUGCUCCUGGAUGCAGCUGCUAUGCGCCAUCUGUCUCGUGCUUGGCUGUAUGAUCUUCCCGGAUGGCUGGGACGCAGAGGUGAUCCAGGACAUGUGUGGUGAGGACACUGGAAAGUAUACCUUGGGCAAAUGCUCUGUUCGUUGGGCCUACAUUCUGGCUAUCAUUGGCGUGCUGGAUGCCCUUAUCCUCUCCUUUCUGGCCUUCGUGCUGGGCAACCGGCAGAGGGACUUCCUGCAGGAGGAGCUGAAGGCUGAAAACAAAGACUUCGUUGUGUCAAGGGUAAGUGCACAUGUACAAGUACAUCAUGUCUUCAGUCUGUGGUUUCAUGGUUGAUGUACUGUAU